AUUUUUGGAAAAAUUGUAAAAGGUUCUCAGUUGGCAUACGGAAUCUUACACACGUUGUGAAAACAGCAAAGAUCAGAAUAUUUUUUCUUUUUUUUUUGUUGCUGUUGAGAUUUAAGUGUGUUCUAUUAUUUCGUACGACAAUUUGUGUGCGCCCUGUGAUUAAGUGUAAUAAGAAUACAAAAUGCCCGAGAUUGGCAAGAAAGUCGGCGAGUUGCGGGUCAGCGACUUGAAAGAAGAGCUGGAGAAGCGCAAAUUGGAGACAGUGGGUCCAAAGUCUGUGUUAAUCGAACGUCUCGAGAGGGCUUUGAAGGAGGAGGGCGUCGACCCCAGCAUACAUUUAAUAGAGUCGUCAGCCAAGGCCAAGAAGCCAAUUCCGGUUCCAAUGAAAGAGCCUGAAUCCUCCGAGGUGCUCAUCAAAGAGGAGCCCAUUGAUCCCGAUGAGGCAAAUCAAGAUUCCAAAGAAGAGGCAGAAGAUGGUGCUCACCAUGCCGAUGGAGAUGGCCACGAAAUAGAUCAGGUCGGCGAUGUCGAUGAUGUCUGCGUCAUUUUGGAUGACGAUGAUGAUGACGAAGAAGAAGAGGAAAGUGCCGCACAAAACAGUGAGCAGCGCAAUGGCGAAGUCGAGGCUAGCGAAGGUGCUGAUGCCGCCGAAGGAGGCGAAGCCGAACUAGCGGCCGAAGAUGAAAUGCAGGAGGAGAACACCGGCGACACUGUGAACAUGGACAAUGACGAGUCCAUCAACCUAACAAUUGGUGAAGACGAACAAAAACUUUUACACGAUGAGGCGCCUGAUGACAAGUCCAUCAAGUCGGUGAAACCGGCAAUUAAAACUGAAAAAUCAAGUGCCGUCUCUAAGGAUGGUGAUAAAAAGACUCACAAGGAGGAUGACAACACUCGCUCAAAGAAGAAGGAUGACAAGUCCACUGAUAAGAAGGACUCUAGCGAUCAAAAGGCUUCAAAAUCGUCGAAUCAAAAAGACGAUAAAGAGAAAACAUCGUCAACAGCAGCAGCAGCAACAGGUGCAGCAUCAUCGGCAUCCUCGGGUGCCGCUGCCAACAAGUUGGGAUCGGGUGGAGGCUCCGGCUCCGGCUCCACUGGUGCAUCGUCGUCAAAUGCGGCUGGCAAGCAAGCGUUGCUCUCACGCAAUCUCUGGGUGUCCGGCCUGUCGACAUUGACACGCGCCAGUGACUUGAAGGCCAUUUUCUCCAAGUUUGGCAAGGUGAUUGGUGCCAAGGUGGUCACCAACACACGCACCCCAGGUACACGCUGCUACGGAUAUGUCACGAUGUCCUCGUCGGGGGAUGCAUCACGUUGCAUUGAGAAUCUACAUCGGACUGAAUUGCACGGCCGUAUCAUAUCGGUGGAGCGCACCAAGAACGAAAUUGGCGGCAGUGCCAGCUCAUCGAAGGACUCGGGCAGCAAGGCGAACAGCAAGACGAGCAGCAAGUCCAGCAACGAUUCGAAGAAGAAGGAAGACGAUAAGAAGUCCGGUGCCAAGGAUGAUAAAAAGGCUGGCGAUGCUGACGCUGAGGGCAAGAACUGUUCUAGCGGCGAAUUGGGUAACAAGCGGGAUGGCAAGGACAAGGAGCGCAACAACAAGUCAGCACGAGACGACAAGGAGAAGGCAUCCACGGUCGGCGGUGGUGACAAGCGUCACGAGCGAGAUCACCGCUCGGGUGGCCAUAAGUCGCAGCAACGUGAGGUAUCCAACGAUCGUCGUCCGGCUCCUCCUCGUCUGCCGCGCGACGUUGACCGUGAGAUACAGCAGCGUCAGCGUGAGCGCGAGCGCAGACAGCGUGAGAUGUUGUCCUAUCAGAAGAUUCGUGAGGAGCGCGAGCGCCAGCGCCUGCGUGAAAGGGAGCGUGAGCUGCGCGAGGAGGAGCGCAGGCGUCGCGAAGCGCGCGAACGGCAGCGCGUCGAGGAGGAACGUCUGGCCGAGGAGCGUCGCAAACUAGUCAUCGAGCGGGAGCGCCUCGAGCGCGAGAAGGCCGAACUGCUGCGCAUGGAACGCGAGCGCCAGAAACUGGAGCGUGAAAAAAUCGAGCUGGAGCGCCUCGAAUUGAAGCGUCAACAGAUGAAGAUUAUGGAGUCACGCGACGAUCCCGUUAAGCGUUCACUGAGCAAGCGCACCGAUGAUCGCUACAGCGAUGUCACUGAACGCAAACGCUCCAAUGUCUUUGAUGUUCCGCCACCGCCGCGCUUUGAUGCCUCCUUGGUUAGCUCACGCACCAGCAGCAGUUAUGACAAGAAACACGAUGAUUAUGUUACUUCAUCGGGCUCGAAACGUGUCCUUGAGGAUUACUCCAGUUCAAAGUACUCAAAUAAACGUGGCGAAUAUGGCAGCACCGCGGGCACCAAGCGCAGCGCCAUCGAGGAUUACGCCGCUGUGCCCAGCAAGCGCUCUGGCGGCAAUGAGUAUGCCACAAGCUCCAAGCAUGAUUACACCUCAACUACUACCAGUAAACGUGAUGAUUACAAGCGCGAGGUUGAGGUGCGUCACUUGCCAGUUUCGUCGAGUGGAGUCGGUGCUGGCGGAUCGACCAGCUCCUAUGUGCACAAGAGCAACGCUGGAGGCGGUGUUGGCUCCUAUGUGCACAAAAAUAAUACGGGCAAUGUGGCCGGUUCGUAUGGCCACAAGAAUAACACAAGUGGUGGCGCUGCCGGUGGUGGUGGUCGCUAUAAUGAUACCGAUCGCAGCAACACCUCCAAUUACAGACGUGGUGCCGUCGACGAUACCCACAGCAUGUCACAUGGCAACAAACGCUAUGAUACUUCAACAAACAGCGGAGCCGCCGGCGGCUAUGGCAGCAACUCGAACGUUAACAUUUGGGCACCAUCCGGCGGCGGCAGUGCUAGCGCUCAUCUGGGCGGUGGUGGCGGCCAAUUGAAGUCGUCAUACAGCAACAAUGGUAUGUCCUCAAAUAUGCAUGGCAACAACUCGUGGCAAAAGUCGGCCACCAUCGAGGACAACAGCUGGCGUCCGAUGCAGGGACAGAGUCAAAGUCGUUUUGACCGCAACUACAACGAACGCUCCGGUGGUGGCUACCAGGGCAACAGCGGUGCCGGCGGCAUGUACGGUGGCAGUCGUCCGGCCCAGGAUCGCUAUGGUGGGCAGGUGACGCGUUAUUAGAAGUGCGCCCACACAAUUAAUGAGGCAAUUGACAGCACACAACAAGAACAUUACUAGAUAACUUUUCCUUAAACGCUUUCGGCGUUUAUGUUAAUUUCUUUUAGUUGUAUUAUCUUAGCAUCUACAAACUAUAUUAAAUAUCAUUAGAUGUAUCAUUAAAA